AUUUACCUACCUGUGACUUUAAAUGUGCUUUGAAAUCGCAGAUUACUCUUCGAAAAACUAAAAAUGAGUUUCAGAAAUUAUAAAGAGAAGAUUGAUGAAGGUGAUACAGUGAUUCUUUACCUAUGCAACAAUUUCUUUGCCAUAGAAGUGAAGCCGGAAAUAAAAAAUAAGAAAGGUGAAUUGAUUGAAAAUGUUUACCAAACAACUUUUGGCGCACUGAAGGUUAGGAAUUUAAUAGGAUCUAAUUAUGGCAGUAAAGUUGAGCUAUCCAAAGGCUGGGGUCACAUACUGCAGCCAACACCAGAGCUCUGGUCACUUACUUUGCCACAUCGGACACAAAUAAUAUAUACGCCAGACAUUAGUAUGAUACUUCUGCAGCUUGACUUGGUUCCUGGGUGUGUUGUUGUAGAAGCUGGUACGGGCAGUGGUUCGUUAACGCAUGCUCUCAUCCGCCGCGUGCGCCCACACGGUCAUGUCUACACGUUCGACUUCCACGAUCACAGAGCUAAAGUUGCCCAGGAAGAAUUUCAAGAGCAUGGACUCGCAGAUUUCGUUACGGCGCGGCAUAGAGAUGUGCUUGCAGAAGGUUUCGGGGACGACCUUAAAGAGAAAGCCGAUGCAGUGUUCUUGGACUUGCCUAAACCAUGGACAGGUGUGCCUCAUGCAGUUGCUGCUAUUAAAAAUGAUGGAGGUCGCUUCUGCUCAUUCUCCCCUUGUAUUGAACAAGUGCAGCGAACGUGUUUGACUCUCGAGCAGCAAGGAUUUCAAGAUAUCAGCACUAUGGAAGUCCUCCAGAGUGAGAUCAAAGUCAGCAGAAAAACGGUACCGGUUAGAGACCUUUCGUUCUUGAAACACAAGGGAUCAGAGAACCCCGUGGAAGAGAAGCCGAGUAGCGAAAAAACCUACGUGGUAGGAACAUGGCCCCAUAGCACCCCGGGCCACACUGGCUACCUCACCGUUGCCACUCUGCCACCAAGCUUCAUACGAAGGAAGUUGAAAUUGACAAAAUCUGAAGAGUGUAAUGGAAACCCUAUUGAAGAAGAUAAAAAUUUAGACGAGGCAAUGGCGGUUGACGAAAAUAAAUUUUGACCUUUGAUUGAUUAUUUUUUUUACAAAUAAAUAGUGAAUUAUAUAAAC